GAGUUUUCUGCCUGUGCUGAAUGCAUUAGUCUAAUGAGAUGUUUGCAGCCGGGGAGCGGGGCUGCUGGAGUCUCACUGUGAGCUACUAACACACGGGUGGAAGAUUAGCUUUUGUAAUACUCGGUUUGCAUGUACCGAAAGUCAUCUGUCUUCUGAGUCAACAUUCCCGGCCUGGUCAAGAACCUGAUCAGGGCUCUGGUGAACAAGCCGUAGCUCCUCUUCUGCCUGUGAGCGAUUGGUCACUUCCUUCCGUAAGACUGGCACCAGCAGACAUGCAGUCUCAGAGGAUCCCGGGGAGAAAGCGAGGCCGACCCCCGCUUCACUCAACACCUAUGAAGAUGGCGGUUCAUAACCUUUAUUCCGCUUCAGCUGGCUCUUUGCCAGCAGUGAAGAUUCCAAAGAAAAGAGGGCGGAAGCCUGGGUACAAGCUCAAGUCUCGGGUUCUUAUGACUCCUUUAGCCCUCUCACCUCCGCGAAGCACGCCGGAGCCCGACCUCAGCUCCAUCCCUCAGGAUGCAGCCACCAUACCCAGCUUGGCGGCCCCACAGGCUCUCACAGUCUGCCUCUACAUCAACAAGCAAGCCAACACAGGGCCGUACCUGGAGAGGAGGAAGCUGCAGCAGCUCCCCGAGCGCUUUGGGCCUGAGAGGCCAUCGGCGGUCUUGCAGCAAGCCGUACAAGCGUGCAUCGACUGUGCCCACCAGCAGAAGCUGGUCUUCUCCCUGGUCAAACAGGGCUAUGGUGGCGAGAUGGUGUCAGUCUCGGCGUCCUUCGACGGGAAACAGCACCUGCGGAGCCUGCCUGUGGUGAACAGCAUCAGCUAUGUCCUCCGCUUCCUCGCCAAGCUGUGCCGAAGCCUCCUGUGUGAUGACCUCUUCAGCCACCAGCCCUUCCCUAGGGGCUCCAGUGGCUCUGAGGAAGCCCAGGACAAGAAGGAAGCAAAAACAGCCACCACUGAGGAGUGCCUGGUGAACCCUGUAGGCAUGAACCGCUACAGCGUGGACCCCUCUGCCUCCGCCUUUAGCCACAGGGGCUCCUUGCCCACCUCCUCCUCGCUGUACUGCAAGAGGCAGAACUCUGGAGAUGGCCACCUUGGGGGAGGCCUGGUCACCACGGCCAGUGGUCCCCGCUCCAGCCCCAUGUCCUCUGGAGGCCCCUUGGCACCUGGACUGAGGCCCCCAGGCUCCAGCCCCAAGAGAAACGGGACCUCUCUUGAAGGAAACCGAUGUGCCUCGAGCCCUUCCCCCGACGGGCAGGACGCCAGGCGGCCGAGGAGCAGGAACCCGUCCACCUGGACUGUGGAGGAUGUGGUCUGGUUUGUGAAGGACGCUGACCCGCAGGCUCUGGGUCCUCACGUGGAGCUCUUCAGAAAGCAUGAGAUUGAUGGCAAUGCACUCUUGUUGCUGAAGAGCGACAUGAUCAUGAAGUACUUGGGUCUGAAACUGGGACCCGCGCUGAAACUCUGCUACCAUAUUGAUAAACUGAAGCAAGCCAAAUUCUGAAGGUUUUUACAAAGAUAGAAGCGAAAUCCAGACAACAGGUCUCAAGAUCAUCUUCUGCCUUACCAACAUCCAGCCACCAUCACAAAAUGGAUUCUCUCCUGAAAAAUAACAGCCACAAAGACUGGGUCUUUUUUUAAACCUUGUGCAUCUCUGCCUUUUAAAAAAAUUCAACAUGGCCCUUUUGAAAGGCUCUUCUGUGUUAAUGAUUUGCCAAAAAAAAAUAAUGGAAAAGCCUAUUAUUUUAGCAUUUCUGAUAGGUUGGUUGCUCUGAGAAUGGGUCCUAUUUUUAUGAUGAGAGAUCAGGGAACCCAGUGCUACAGACCACGGAGAACCCUGGAGGGUUCCAAGGAGGUGAGAAUAAAGACCUUUGUCUCUACAGGGACUCCACCAUAGCACCACCUGUCUUUAACUCUGCCCCAGGGACCUGUCAUUGUGAGCCUUGCUUAAUUCAGCUCUGGAAGCUGUCUUCUGAGGAAACAUGCCUCCUCACCUUGCACUAUCUGGAAAACUUGAAUUCUUUUGCUCUCUGAAGGAGAAGAAAAAAAUCUUUUUCUAUUCCUAGUUAUCUGAAGUACUGUGUUGUCCCACUAGAGGGCAGACUGCUAAUGAAGUUUCAGGACCCUCCCAGCAGCAGCCUGCUGAUUUAGUACUCAGUGGACCGGUUAGGGUCUCUGUGAACAAGAUCUAGCCUACACAGACAUGGAGAAUUUCUUCCACAGUCAGCACCACAGGUUGCAACUUGGGGAAGAAACUAUCUUCUAGAAUGUUCUAGUUCAUAACCCAGUCAUUAUUGACUGACUGAGAUGCCCAAGCAGCAAAGGCAAAAAUGUGGAAGUAUGUUCUUCCCAGAUGGGGCUUUGGAGUUCCUUCCCUUUCAGAGUCCUUACCGGGGUGUUGAUGUGUUGGCACGCUGAAGAGUCUUAGUGACAUUUAGCCCAUGGGUGUUUCUUUUAAAAAAUUAGAAAAAUGUCUCAGAUAAGCUUUGAAAUGGGAGAGUGUUGAUUUCUUGUUACAUUUCUGGAUUGUGUAGUUGUACCGCUGGCAAAUUUUUCUAGUUCUCAACAAAUACACGGACGUGCUGUUACUGGGUUUAAUUCCAUUUACAAAUAGGUUUUCCUUCCUCGUCGUGGAGUAAUAGGAAAAAAUCGAUUUUUCACCCCUUUGCAGCUGUGUCCAAGCAAGGAUGACGCGUCCCCAGUUUACGAGGCAGAGGGCAACCUCAUCCCCAUUCUUCUUUUUAUCCUUCUUUCUCUCUUUCCCUCUUCCUUUUAUCCGUCCUCCCUUGCUGAAGAGGAAACAGAUUUUCAAAAUGAAUUCACCUUUGCCACGGGCAAAUCCUCUUCCUUAAAAACAUCCACAGUGUUAGAAGUGAGGAGAUGAAUACUAGACUCUGCAAUCUCUGGGAGGGUGAGGAUCAAAGAAAACUCAGGGCCCCCCUUGGCCCAAAUGCAAAUUAGAAAAAGCACACCUUUCUCCGGGGAUGCAGCCGAGCAGGGGGGGUCUCAGGUGAUGAACGGAGCGGGGGAGGGGGGAUUUCCUCCCCCUCCCCCUCAACCGGGUGCCCUUGUGCAGGACAGGAGCUGUGCAGCCUUGAGGCCAACCAGGCUAGAUUUGCAUACUGAUCUUCUGUAAAUCAGUUAGAACUUAGAGGAAGACCCUAAGGAAGAUUCCAUGCCAUGGUGUUAGACCCACUUGGAUGAGCAAUAUUUGAGAAAGCACAUCCUAGCAAAAUCCUUUUUCAGACACACAAACGGUGGCUGGACUUAAAGCACGACAGAGGCGGGAAGGAGGACCGUGUCCUACCCCUGCUCACCGAACUGAGCUUGAGUCAUCAGGUUGUGGAAGGGCUUAGUGUCGGUUGCUUUCGGCACCUGACAAUACUACCUUGAAUCAGGCCUCGGGGACAGAGUCUUCCAAGAUUCUAAAGUGACAAAAUGACUCUGCCCCUCAAAGUUUGUUCAUUAUGAGUGCUCAUGGAUGGUCUGGAGUUAGAUAAGUCCCCUCAAAAGGCCACGGCUAGUUUAUGUAUUCAGAGCUGCCAGUGUGAAAACGGUGAGAUCCAGAAAACGCCAUGACAGCCCAUCCGCUGUGUUUUGCUCAGGCCUCUGAAACUCGUCAUGCCUCUUUCAUCAACAUAUACCUCGUUGAGAGACUUUCAAAACUUCCUACCCACCCUCAGCAGUGCCUCGCUCACUACAAAAGCAUAAACAUUGGUGCUCCCAAAUUAAAAUCAUCCCCAAACAAUGUCAAAGAGAUACUUUGAGUAGUUUUCGGAGGAGAGAGAUUUUUUUCAUCUCAAGUCUAGGAGAAAACUGGAUCCAUGUUCACGUGUAACUGCUCUCACGGAGGUGCGAUCUCAUUUUGCAUUAAACUUUAAGCAGGACAGAUUGCUGAAGCCAUGAUAUUUAAGGUUUGACUUUUUAAAAAUCUCAUUACUCUUAAAAUGAAUCUGCCAUAUCAGAAAAUAACCCAGGGAGGAAAUUCCUCCUUGCCUGUUUUUGCACUGAAAUGCAAUUAGCCAACCAAAUUAUUGUAGCAAUACUGCAAUUAUAAUUAAUUUUCACCCCUUUCAAAAAUCUUGUCAAACCGAGCAGCUAAAUAGCUCAGCAAAUGUAAAACAUGCCAGGCCAUUUCCUCUAAAUGGACCUUAAAGAGUCAGGCCAUGUGUGUCACUCUCGUCCAAAUGUGAGCUUAUUUCGGGAGCCUCACACUCGUAUGGAUACGGUACUUGUCAUUCCACUGCGGUAGCUGUAUUUCAGGUUGUGGUGAAUAAUGAUAUAGUUUUGCAUAAUUCCAAAUUAGAGUGUGUGAGUGUGUGUGUUCAUGUCCAGACAUUUCCAAUCACCCGUGUCUGUUAAACACUUAAAAAAAAAAAUCUAGAGACAAUUCUAUUGCCCAAAUUCAUUUUAAAUAUUUCAUAAGUACAUGAAUCCCUUUGUGAAGACUUCAGGUAAAAGAUGUAGGGGGUGUGUGUGUGUGUGUGUCCCCUAACACAGUGGUUGGAAGAGCCUAAGGAAGAGGCUGAGAGCGUGUCAGCUAUUCGGUUUGCUUGGUUUAAAAUGCCUCCCCAGUUUGGAACUUGGAGGCAGAACCCGCUCUCGGCGGUUGGGACGAGGUAUCCCCUUUACUGCCAGCAGGGUGCGCCGUGGAGGCAGCUGGGGACGGUGUCGGGCUCGGGCCGGCCUCCCUGAGGUGCUGCCUAGCGCCCCCUCGGGGCGGGGAGCCCGCAGGGCAGGGAACAGGCGUCUUGAGCGCCUUGUUUAGGGCCCACCAGAGCGUUCACCAGGCUCCCACCAUUUCUCUUCCAGCAGGGCUGCCAAGGUUUUUCCCCCUUUCAUCAGGAAGGAGUGAAGAGCUCCUCAGGAGAGCCAAAUACGCUAUUUAAAUCUAUUGGGAAGGAGUCCUGAGCUAAGGUUGGUUUGCUUGAGAAGGAAACCGGUGAGAGAGGGAAGACACAACUAUAAAUUUCUUAGGAAAACGAUAAAAGAGCACCUCCUCUCACAAUCCCAACCCUUGAAGCUGCAAUAACCUAUUUUUGUAUUUAUGUGCUGUAUGGAAUUUCUUUUUAAAAUUAAAGUCAUUUUUUAAAUUAUUUUUUGAGAUUGCUUGAGGAGAAUUUUGUCAUAUCUCUGGAGAUAAUUGGAACUGCCCAGAGGUGACCAAGGACUUGAGUUUAGUCACUGUCAGAAGGUCUUGAAAGAUGGAAAUAUUCUGCUUUAUUUCUACCAGGUUUUCAUACAUGUGAGCAGGUGACAAAUGCUCUGACAGGGCACUUCUUCAGCUCUUCCCUAGAGGGGUGAUAGGAUGAAGAGAUUGGACUCACCUUUUUUCCUAACCUCUGAUAACAAGACAUGGGAUUGUGAGGGAGUAGAUGAACUUUGUAAAGCUGCAAUGUUUUGUUAAGGAGAGGAGCAAAAGAAAGCCUGUUGGUGGAUGUGGUUUAUUUUUUGUUAUAAACACACUCCAAGAACCGAGUGGUUGCCCAGCUCUGCUGUGGUCUUGCUAUGUCCCCUAUCCCCGGUGGCAUGAGAAGGCCACUUGAGAACCCCAGAGGUGAAUCCCGCAGAUGGUCAGACGUCUAGAGAUGCCGCCAUUCCGGUUUCCAUCUUGUGAUGUCACCCCAGGGCCGACGCCCCGCUGCACUCACACACAGCCGCUCAGCUCCCAGCACCACUGCGGGCUGGGCUGUCCAGGGAAGAGCUCUGGGAGCCUCAGCUUCCAAGGAGUCCUUCCCUCCGUUGCUUACCCUAAUCGAAGACGAUUCCUUCAUGGACAAUUGGAAGCUGGAUUUUUGAAAAUCUAACGUUUACUUGAAAGAGAAUCUCGCUUAUUUAUUGCCACCAGUUAAAUAUUAUGGAAACAUGUCUGCUAACAAUUUGCUUUGUGUAAUUUGUUCUAAUGCUAAUAAGCAACAGCUGGGAUACUUCCUGUGGUAAAUUCCUUUGUGGUUACAGUGGUAUUAUCACACAUGGACUUCACCAAAACGCUGUACUUAAGAAGAACGUUCACUCUGGCUCUCUCAGACUUCAGGAAAUUCCCCUAACUUAGAAACAGUUCUGGGCAAAAGCACAUUUUUAGAGGAAGAUUUGCUCUUCUUCACACCCUGCUUCCUCAAGCAGGCCCCCAGGCCUGUGCUUUUCAAAUCCUACAUACAGAGCCUGAGGGCGGGUCUCCUCAGCACUGAGUUUGAGUUGCUCCAGGGGAAAAGCAGAAAGCAGAACUUAAGAAUGAUGCCUUCCUCGGGUGAGGAUGCCGUACCGAGUUGAUAUUAAGAGCAUGUGGGCAGGAGAGGAGUGGAGACACAUCCAAAGGAGAAGAGGUGGCUCAGCAGGUGAUCAAAUAGUGACGACGUCAGCCAGUGUGGGGACUGCAGCAUCUUUCUGUCCAAAGGGUCUCAGUAUACCACUCGGACUUGCUCUGGGCUGCCAGCCCACCAGGCUCGGCUCUGUCGCUCCACCGUAUUACCUGAGACUUAGAGUUGGUUCCAUGCACCGAUGCUUGAUUCAAAAGGCCAACACAAACAUCCUCCAUUAGAUCCUACUUUGGAACACACCCGGUGCCUUGCUUUUCCCAACAGCUCACCGUGCAAGAGCAGACCCGAAUGGAGUGCCCUUUCCCCGUCGCCUGUGUGACUGGACGCUGCCUCCAUCAUAAAUGUAGCAUCCUCAAAUCUCAGGAAGGCUCUGCCUCCCCCCGCCUCCCGCCAGCAGUGCUGGAUGGCCUUCCCCACAGCCCUGAGAAACGGCUGUGCCCGACUACUUCCCAUUAGGGGGAGUUCACUCCCAUAGGAAGUGGCUUGUUUCUCUGUUGGACAGCUCUGGUUGUGAAAAAGUUAUUUCUCAGGGAGACACAGAUGUCUGUGAAUCACACACAGACGUUUGAGAUGAAGCCAACUCUGCAAUCUUUCUCUUUUUAACAGAGCUCGCCCAUGCAGUAACCGCACCUAUAAUACAAACCGACUUGGCAAGUAGAUCCCAGCUCUGCUACAUGAGGAUAGAGGAGCAGACACUUUAUAUAAAUGUAGAACUUAGCUAGGUCAUGGCCAUCAGAUUCAUCAGCCCUGUCGUGAAGAACUAGCGAAAUUCUUGUGGCCUCACACACGCACAAAAGGGGGUCCUGGGAGAAGCUUCAGUGCAGCUGUGAAUCUGGCUGUGGUCACACAGGCAUGUGAGUUACCUAGGCUUGUGUGAAUGGAUCUAUAAGACCAUGCGCUUCAUUAACUGUGAAGAAAAUGCUAUGAGACGCUGAGGGCCUAUCUCUUAAUUGUACUCAUUAGUGAUAUGAUGAACUAAGAAAGCUUUAGUUUAGAUAAAAAUAAGUUAUAAUCGAUGAUAGAAAAAUAAACAUGGUCUGCCCUGAAGGUAUGAAAGAGUGACACAGUUAUGACCCCAGGCCCAAGUUGCAUUUCGUGCUUGUAUGUGCAUGCACGAAUGAGUGUGUAUUUGUGAGUUCAUGCAACCAGAAGUGGGAAUUGAGGGAUGUUUGAGAAGGGAUCGCAAAGGGAGAUUUUGCUUUCUGGGACAUUUUGUCUUAAUCAGAAGAACUAUCUAGCAAUGAUUUAGAACUCAGACCCCAAACUAAAUAAAACAUGUAGUUUAUGUAGCUUACUUAUGUAAAAUUCUGGAUUAUGGAGCAGAUUCUCUAUAAAAAUGCUUAAAUCUUGGUGCUUGGAAAAAGUAGAUAUUAGCUAGCACCUUGCAUAGCACUUGUCAUAAAAAAAGGCACCCUGUUAAUGAACUGAAUGAACACGUGUGACCAGUUUUCAUAUUUUUGUCAAAAAGCCACUAAUUUCUCUUUGAACCCCAUUAUCUUUAUUGAAAAGAGAAUUGCCAAAGCAGAGCAUGCUGCCUUUUAUUUCCUGGCUCUCCCAACCUCUGCAGUCACCAACUUGCAUUUCACUUGCCUCCCUUUGUCUUAAGAUCUCACAUUCCGAUUGGCCUUGUGGUCUAUUGCAAGCAUUAGAGGGUAGUAUUUACAACUUUACUUUUUAAAACACCUUUUCCUCCUCCUUCACAAUCUGUGACACCUCUCACAAGUGAGUAGGGUUUCCAUCUAUGGGUAAACUUGCACAGGGAGUUAAGUUCUUUCCAUGACCCCCGCACUCCCAGAACCUCACUCACCUUGGAGAGGGCCGGUCCACCAAACUGGGCCUCCCGCGCAAGCCACUCUGUCAUACAUGCCGAUGGCAGCAAGCCUGUUCGGGAAGACACAGCCCGUAGGAGAUGGAUAGAAGAGGAGCUUCCCCUGUCCUCUGCCAUGCUUUACCCACCUCCGUCCUUGAGAGUAGAUUCAGAAAUAUCUGGGACUUCUCUCUUUUCCCAAGUGGUUAUGUAAAACAAUCAUAGGACCAAUUUUUUUUUUUUUUUUUCAUAACCACACCAAAACUUAGAGUAUUCCACCUUCAAGGAAAUCACCUUUAAAAGCCUGGGCACGUGUUCCAAGGAUGUUAUCACUGCCCAGAUAUUUUUUAGUUCAUCUCUUCUGGGGUCAUCUUUAGAAGCCAGAACACUUUCCUUUCAAAGUGUGGUUGGAAGCGUACCCAUCAUCCCUUGGGAGUGGAUGUUUUUUUCUUUUCGGAACAAGCCAAAGCCACUGGGGUGGUGUCUGGUAAUCCAUCUAAGAUUUUAAAAGGCAUCUCUCCAUACUCAUUAGUUUGUCUUUUCCUUGUGUGUUUCCUCAGUUGGUCCAAAACUUCGAGCAAGAACAGCCACAAUUCAUUUCUCAACUUAAAGAUAUUAGGCAGGCAUUGGUAUAAGGAGCUGCAAUGCAUAGACAACUUGGAAGGGCAGCAGCAUCUGGAUGUAUAACAUCCACCAUGUUCAUUUUAAAGUAAUCUCGCUGUAUCUUUGGGCAUGGUAACCUCAGUGUAUCAUGAGCGUAUGCAAAUAUACAGACCCUGUUUUUAUACCUAGAGCCCCCAAAUCCAGAGGAAUUGGGAGGAAGAAGCAUUAGGGACACCUGGACAGCUCAUCUCCAGUGUAGGACCUUCUUCAUGUCAUCUCCCCUGGGUCCCACAUAACUCUGUGAGGGCAGAUGAUGAGGCAGUGCAAAAGAAACAAGCUCUCUGCAUGACCCACCUGGUACCCUCAUCUCCUCAGCAGGAAAAGGAAGGGGCAUCCAAGUGACCUUUAAAGGCAGUGACAGUAGUUACUCUCAGCAAAGACCAGCGCGGCUGCUGGCUCCUCACUCUUGUGUUUUAUGACUUGUGGCUUCUACUUCUCCCCCUGUCUGACUUCAUCUAGAUACUUUCUUAUCCUCUUCUCUCAUGGGCCCAUAACUCUUUCUCAAAGCCACAUAAGUGUGAUUUUGCCAUCCUUUCUCAUUCGUUUCUACCCUUCCUUCCUUCCUUCCUUCCUCUAUGAUUCUUUGUUUACCCCUUUCUGUUUUUCUCCAUUCCACUAGUUCAAAUGCUUUUUGGGCAGGAGACGGGGGUGGAGAGAGAAAUAACUAACAGGUAGUCUCUUCCCUCCCUGGUCCAGCAGUCCUGACCCUUGCCUGCCUUCCACUGUCCUGUCAUUACCCGCCCACAGCAUUCCUCAGCUCUGUCAUGUUCCCGACCUGAUCUCCACUUGAUCUUUCCAUUUCUCAAGGUCUAGCCUUCUCGGUCUGUCCUUGAGUUUGGGAACAAGAAUCCUGUUCCAUUGAUUUUUAUUUCCAUUUGAGUCCUGUCCUUUUUAAAUGCUUCAUUCUGUGACUCACCCAGACAUCUCCCUAUACAAUUCAUCAAUCUUCCUUAAGCACAGGCCCAAAUGCCCAUCCAUCUAGGGAUUCCUCCUCAUUCAGUCCUGAAGGUCAAGAGCCAAGUGACCUGGAGACAAUCUGACAUACCUCUUGAAAAGCAGGAGUUGUUUCUCCCAGCCACGCUGCCUCCUGUAAUCUGCAUGGGUCACUCUGACAUCCAGUAGCAAUUCCGAUCGUUCCACAGUUCUUUAGGGAACGUGUAGCUUUGUCCAGACCCACUUAACACUGGCUGCACCGCCCGUGCCCAAAGCCAGGCCAGUGCCUCAGUGUAAAUGAGGAGGGCCAGCCCGGAUCAAAGAUGAGGCAGGAUGACCUAUCUCAGAGGCAUUCUGGGGUAAGGUUUUGUUUUUAGACUUUCACAGUCUGCUGAGAAGUGUGCGAUAGUAAGUCUGGGUAGGGAAAGACAAUGAUAUAUUUCUCAAAGGAAAAUGUGGUUUAGAAGAGAGAGAAAGGCAGCAAAAUUCUGGAAAGGGGGUGCUCUAUUCCUGGCCUUUGUCCAGCACAAUCACACACCCUUAAGGUCUUCCUAGAAGUCAGACUUGUUUCCAUCACAGGAUCUGAAAGUGUUUCUGCCUAAGUGUGAGAAUUUGAAGGACUUUAAUUUCUUUUAUUAUCCAUCAUAUUCGAAACCACAGUAUUUAAUUUGCUGUCAUCCUCUGGCUAUACCUUUGAUCACUUGAGGAUUAAAAAACAAAAAUGAGCUCCUCUCAUCUCAUCCUCCAGAAAUGUUGAAAGAUCAGUUGCUUUAUAUAGCAAAUAUUUCCAUUUUAUAGACAUUGGUUGAUUACAGCGUUUCUCUCCUGCAGAUACCUAGAUGUAAUUUUAUUAAUAUAUUUUCUCCUUUAAGUACAUUUGCCGAUAAACUAGCUUUUUAUUCUAUACACACACAAUAAAACUAAAUAAAAAUGGGUGAAACAAAAUCAUUCCAUGAUAAUUGUCUUCUGUUGCCAUUUUUUCUUUACACUAACAGUGAAAACUUUUUGUUAAUUAAGUGCCAUUGUAAUGUCACAAAGCGUCACUGGGCCAGAAGGUUUUUGUUUUCCUAGCUAGGCCAGGCUGUAAUUAUCUGACAAGCCUCUUGCUAGAUAACAAGGGCAUCUGAGCAAGUGAAAUUCCACGUUCUCCAAGCCUGUGAGAUUGAAUGAUGAUGAUUGAAAUGUUAUGCCUUUUGUUUUGUAAGUUGAGGGAUUUAUUGUCAGAUUCUUUCUUUCAACUCAGGCUCAGUUGAUCUCAUGUUUCCACGUCUUUAUUCUACUUCUCUACACUGCUGUGCCCACGCAGGAGGCUUCCUGAUCUCUCUCCACCUGGGAGAGUGGCAGCCGAACCCUUUUCCUGGUAAAGCUUCUGUCUUUAACCAUGCACUGCAUGGAAGAGCCAGAAACCAAGGGUACAAACAGGUCAUCUCCCUGUCUCGGUAAAAUAAAAAUAGGGUUAAAAAAAAA